GCUAUCCACAUCCCCCACCCCAGCAAGGUUUCAAAGGGUGGGGUCUUGAACCCUUUUAUUAGGCCCAUCCACUCUUCUCCCCUUUCAGAAGGCAGGAAAGGAAACGUCUUUGGACAAGAUGGGUGCCUAACGCGCCCGUGUGUCCACUGGGUCCCCAAACUACUCGGGCUCCGACAACCAGGUGCAGCUGUGGCUGCCUCCCUCGGGACGCGCCUGCGGCUGACGAAAGGGCAAGGAGAAGGAAUUCGAGGUAGACGUGAAGGACUACCUGGGGCCACUAGUGUUCGUGAAAAUGCGCAAGUGGCCCUUCUUAAAGGAUGACAACUGGUUCUGCAACUGGAUCGCUGUGCAGGGCCCCGGGGCCAGUGGGGACGAGUUCAGGUUCUCGAUUUACCGCUGGGUAGUGGGCGAUGGCGUCCAGAGCCUACCCGAGGGCACUGGUCACACACUGGUGGAGGACCCUCAAGGCCGAUUCAAGAAAUACAGGGAGGAGGAGCUGAAAGACAGAAAGAUGCUGUACUGAUGGGGUAUGUGAAAGGAAGGAUUAAUCCUGAAUGUGCUCACAACCAAUUUAUCUGACCUCCCACUAGAUGAGAGAUUUCUGGAGGACAAAAGAAUUGACUUUGAGACUUCAAUGGCCAAGGGAUGAGAACAAGGGCUGGCCGAACUAGUUGUCAAAGACUUUUUAAAUGUUCUGGUUAACUGAAAUGAUCUGGAUGACCUCAACAGGAUUUUCUGAUGUGGCCAGAGCAAGCUGGCUGUUCAGGUGCGGGACUCCUGGAAGGAAGAUGCCUUAUUUGUGUACCAGUUUCUCAAUGGUGCCAACCCCAGGUUGGUAAGGUGCUCUAGUCACCUUCCCGCCUGCCUAAUGUUUCCUCUAGGGAUGGAGGAGCUGUAGACCCAGCUGCAGAAGGAACUCCAGGGAGGCACACUGUUUGAAGCUGACUUCUCCCUGCUGGAUGGGAUCAAGGCUAAUGUCAUCCUAUGUAAGCAGCAGUACCUGGCAGCCCCUCUGGUCAUGCUGAAACUGCACCCUGAUGGGAAACUCUUGCCCAUGGUCAUCCAGCUCCAAUUGCCAAGUGAGGAAUUGCCCCUCCUACCACAUUUUCUACCCACAGAUCCCCUGAUGGCCUGGCUCUUAGCCAAAUGCUGGGUCCAUAGCUCUGACUUCCAGCUUCAACAACUGCAAUCUCAUUUUCUGAGGGCACAUUUGAUGGCUGAACUUAUUGCUGGCACCAUGAGAUACCUUCUAUCAAUACAUCCUAUCUUCAAGCUGAUAAUCCCCCACCUGUGAUACACCAUGGAAAUUAAUGUAUGGGUAAGGACUGGGCUGAUCUCUAACAUGGGUGUUUUUGAUCAGGUGUAAAGCACUGGUGGGGGAGGCCAUGUGGAGCUGCUUAGGCGAGCUGGACCCUUAAUAACCUAUAGAUCAUUAUGUCCUCCUUAUGUCAUCUAUGACCUGGCUGAUUGGGGGCUUUUGGGAGUCAAGUCUUCCUUCUAUGCCCAUGAUGCUCUGAGGCUCUGGGAAAUCAUCUCUCACUAUGUGGAAGGAAUUGUGAAUCUUCACUAUAAAACAGACAAGGCAGUGGAACAGGAUCUUGAACUGCAGGUCUGGUUUCAAGAGAUCACUGAAGUUGGCCUGUAAGGGGCCCAGGACCAAGGGUUUCCCACCUCCUUGGAGUGCCAGGACCAGCUUUGCCACUUUGUCACCAUGUGCAUCUUUACCUGCACUGGCCAGCACUCCUCAGUCCACCUGGGCCAGCUGGAUUGGUAUGCUUGGGUCCCUAAUGGACCCUGCAUGAUGUGGCUGCCCCAACCCACCACCAAGGAUGUGACCAUGGAGACAGUGAUGGCAACCCUGCCUAACUUUCAUCAGGCUUCUCUCCAGAUGUCCCUUACUUGACAACUGGGCAGAUGCCAGCAACUGCCAUUUCUUUUCCAUCCCCCGGUGGCUCUGGGCCAGCGCAAGGAGGAGUAUUUUUCUGGCUCUGAGCACAAAGGUGUGCUGAACAAGUUCAGGGAGGAGCUGGCCGCCCUGGGUGAGGAGAUCAAGAUCCACAAUGCAAAGCUGGACAUGCCCUACAAGUACCUGCAACCCAGCAUAGUGGAGAACAGUGUGGCCUUGUGAGUGCCUCCGACCCUCAGUUGUCUCAGCCCCACUUCCAUCCAACUCACAACCCCAUCCCUUGGUGACUUUAGUCUCACCCUCUUCAACUGCGCCCCUUUCUAUGUCCACCUGCCCUAGAGAGUCACCUUUUCUUUGGGUAUGCCCACAGUGAAUACAUUUUACCCUAGACAAACCACCUAGGGGCCUCAUUUCCUCUUUAUUCCUCCCACUUUUCCUAUUGCCCUCCCUCCCUCCCUCAUCACUGGGGUGUCCUGAAGGGCAGAUGAUAAUCGUGUUUAUAUAAACUGUUUCAAGAAUGGACUAAACUAAUGAUACAUACUACUCUAUAUUUCUUACAAUUUUGAAACUUGUCUGAGUUUAACAACAAUAAAGUGGUAUUUUAGACUAAUGAAAGAAAAAGAAAUUAGAUCAAACUAACCUAAAUCAAAAGCAUAUAUCAAGUCUUUAAGUAGAUGGGAUUUACCACAUGUCCUGAAGCAAGACACAGUACAGAGCAAAACACUGACACAGCAGUUCUCAAGAUUUUCACUUUGUGGCUCACUUAGAAAAUGGUAAAUGGAAGUAAACUGGUUAAACUGAAGAAGCUGAUUUCAGCUGGAGGUAGUUCAACUUGGGGCUUCAGUCUGAGGGAUCCAUAUUUAUAACCCAUUGGCAGUUUACCGGCUGGGAGGCUCAAAAUUUAAAAAAUACAGGAAAAAUAGUAAAAAUCUCAUGGCUAUUUUAUUUUUUUAAGAUUUUAUUUAUUUAUUUUUAGACAGAGGGGAAGGGUGGGAGAAAGGGAGAGAAACAUCAAUGUGUGGUUGCCUCUUACACAGCCCCCACUAGGGACCAGGCCCACAACCCACACAUAUGCCCUGAUCAGGAAUUGAACCAGUGACCCUUUGGCUCACAAACCAGUCCAGUACUCAAUCCACUGAGCCAUACCAGCGAGGGUAUCAUAUGUGGGUAUUUUAAAACAGAAAAUAACAGUACACAUAAGACAAAGUUGUUUUAUACUAUUAACAAAGUUGCUUCUUGACUCUGAUUCUAUUUAAUUUGGCAGAAGACAUAUAGGUGAUGCUUGGUCUGAUUUUUGAAGGAAGAACAGGAAAGAAAUAGUUCAGAGGUGGGAGUAGGAUUUAAUGCUGGGAUUUAGGAGAACCCACAGUGGAGGUAAGAGAGCAUACUACAGUCUUCACACCAGAAAUCCAGCAGUUUCGCACAUGGUGCGGUAGGGGUAGGAGUGAGGGUUAGGAGAGAAGUAGUGAGAAGGGGAGUCUCAGGAAGAACAUGUUUCCUACCAGGAAAUUAGACUUGACCUUUGGGAAACAGGCAUUGAAGAAUUUCGAGUAAGGGUAUGACAGGGUCUUGUGAGUCAAACAUUCACAGUGGUAUCUCCUUUUCCUUGGAGGACACCAUUUUUUCUCCUUGGGUGCCACACCCCUUCUCCUUGGAGGCCACACCCUCUUUUCCUUGGGGCCCAGACCUCCUUCUCCUGGAGAGUUACACCCUCUUUAUUUGUUCCCUGCUGGAUCUUCUCCUUCUGAGGGCACUUCUCUUCAGUCCCUGAGAGAGAAAAUGUCAAAUCCCAAAUCUUUCUGGAAGUGCAUUUGUUAGAUGUUUAUUAAGAACAGGCUUGUGGGGAGAAAACCAAGACACACAGUACUGAUGUCCUCUAGCACAGGAAAAUAUACUCCAUAAGCUGCAGUGAAGUUACAAAAUAAAAAAUGAGGUCAUCAUGGCUUACACUAUAAGUAGUGAAUAAAUUCAAUUUCUUGCAACAGACUUAUUCUAACAAAUUAAUUUUCUUAUAAUACAUAUCAGUAAAUGUAAAUACAGUAAGUUUUUAAGAGUCAAUGGAAGCUUAGACUUAAGAUUGAGGGUUAUAGAACAUAGAUGUUAGUAAAAAACCCUUCUCAGGAUGGUGCAAGAGAAAUUCUCACAAACAAACCUCCAGUACACAAUUUUCAGAUAAUAAGCAAUAGAAUAAUUAUACAUAUGGCAAGAAGGAAACUUCAUUCCAACCUGGUUAUUUUUUAUAUUUCUAGCAUCUUCCAGGUAAAGUCUGGCAAAUACUCUCUAUAUUUACUUUGAUCCAACAAAACAUGAUCACUAGCUCAGUGCAUAGUUCUUUCAUAAUCUUUGUGUUAAGUAUUGGCAUUCUUUUCAAGGUUCCUCAUACAACUGCCCAUUGAAAAUGGAGUUUUUGACUUGUUACAAUU